AUGUCGAUAACAAAAGCCCUCGCAGUCUUUGCGCUUCUCGGCUCAUCUCUCGCCCUACCAGACAAAGCAAGACACCACCAUGCUCGCGCUUCAUCUUGCACACCAGUAGCAGGUGGAUCUUCCUCAAUCGACGAUGUUCCCGCUAUAACAUCAGCAAUCGCCUCGUGCGGCAAGGGAGGCACUAUAGUCAUCCCAUCUGGCACAACCUACAACCUGAAGAGCACACUGGACUUUGCGGGGUGUGUUGACUGUGACUUCCAGUUGGAAGGUACCUUGAAAUUCAGCUCGUCAACAUCUACCUGGAAGGGACAGACAGCAAUGAUCAAUAUCAAGAACAUUGACGGACUUAGAUUCCGAUCUGUAACAGGCAGCGGAGUCAUCGACGGAAAUGGGCAAGAUGCAUGGGACCUUUUCGCAACAGACAGCACCUACGCCCGCCCAACCCUCCUCUACAUCACCGGCGGCUCCAACAUCGAGGUCUCAAACCUCCGCCAAAAAAACCCACCCAACGUCUUCAACUCCGUCAAGGGAAACACCAAGACGGCGAAAUUCCUCAAUCUAAAAAUGGACGCCACAUCCAAGAGCGACAAUGAGCCGAAGAACACAGACGGCUUCGAUAUCGGCGCCAGCACAGACGUGACCAUCAGCAACGUGAACGUGAAGAACGACGACGACUGCGUGGCAUUCAAGCCCGGUGCAGACGGCGUCACAGUCACGGACAUUACCUGCACCGGAAGCCAUGGACUGUCGGUGGGGUCGCUGGGGAAGAGUGCCGAGGACGUCGUGAAGAAUGUGUACGUGUCCGGCGCCACGAUGGUUAAUUCGACCAAGGCCGCGGGCAUUAAGACGUAUCCUACUGGUAAUGGUCAUGCCAUGUCCACAGUGAGCAAUGUUACUUUUACUGGUGUUGUGGUUGAUGGGUGUGACUAUGCGAUUCAGAUUCAGAGUUGUUAUGGAGAGGAUAGUGAUUACUGUGUGCUGAAUCCUGGGGAUGCGGACCUGACGGGCGUUGUUUUUGAUAAGUUCAGUGGGAAGACGAGUGGGAAGUAUAAGGCUGUCACGGGCAAUCUUGAUUGUGGAUCUCUUGGUACUUGUGAUGUCAAGGUUAGUGCUUAUACUGUUGAGGCACCAUCUGGGGGGAGUGAGGUGUUGUGCGCUAAUACCCCGUCGACUUUGGGGGUAACUUGCACGGCUGGUGCCUCGGGCUGA